UACCUUGUACGCCUCUGAGCUUUUCAUCUGCACUUCCUCUCUCACCAUCGUCCCUCUGUUCAGCAAGUGCAAGUGGUUGUUGUUGUUGCUGUGGUGAUUGUUGUGAUCCGCCUGUUCCUUGCCCGGCUCCAGUUAAUCCCCACCUGAUUCUUUGAUUUUGAUCUUAUCUCAUCAGCGCGGGUCCCGCUCUUCUAGAACUUUUUCUUUCUUCUUUUCACACGCUCUCCCUCCCUCUCUGUCUCUCUCUCUCUCGUUCCUACCACUCUUACCUUUUCUCUUCCACUUCAUAUACACAAUGACUUCCCCUUCCACUAUUCCUCAGCGUUUCCUCUCCAAGCCCAACCAACUGGGCGUAGUCGCCGUUGGCUUCAAUGGCGGUCAGUGCAAGAUGGGUGUCGAGGCUGCUCCCAUGGCCCUCGUCCAAGCCGGCCUCCUCGAUCAACUGCGCGAAGACCUAGGCUACGAGCUGCACUAUGACGACAAGGUCCACUACUACGAGGACAAGAUGCCCGCCGAAGACCCCGACCACCGCGGCAUGAAGAAGCCCCGGGCGGUGAGCGCUGUUACUGAGGCGCUGAGCAAUCAGGUCUACGAGCACGCCAAGGAAGGCAAGUUCGUGCUGACCCUGGGCGGUGACCACUCCAUCGCCAUCGGCACCAUCUCGGGCACAGCCAAGGCCAUCCGCGAGCGUCUGGGCCGCGAGAUGGCCGUCAUCUGGGUGGAUGCCCACGCUGACAUCAAUGUGCCGGAGAUGAGCCCCAGUGGAAACAUCCAUGGCAUGCCCAUGGCUUUCCUGACGCGCCUGGCCCGCGAGGAGCGUCCUGAUAUCUUUGGUUGGUUGAAGGAUGAACACAUUGUCAACACCCGCAAGUUGGUAUACAUUGGUCUGCGUGACGUCGACCGGGGCGAGAAGCAGUUGCUGCGCGAGCACGGCAUCAAGGCCUUCAGCAUGCACGAUGUUGACCGCUACGGUAUUGGUCGCGUGGUUGAGAUGGCGCUGGCGCACAUUGGUAACGAUACCCCGAUCCAUCUGUCGUUCGACGUCGAUGCGCUGGACCCCCAGUGGGCGCCCAGUACAGGCACCCCUGUGCGUGGUGGGCUGACCCUGCGUGAGGGAGACUUCAUCGCGGAAUGUGUGCACGAGACUGGCAACCUGGUGGCGAUGGACCUGGUGGAAGUCAACCCCAGUCUGGAGGAAGCGGGCGCCAGUGAGACCAUCCGCACGGGCUGCUCGCUGGUUCGCAGCGCUCUGGGAGACACUCUGUUGUAGAAGAAGGAAAGACUUAUAUUUUCAUUUAUAGUCUCUGUAUACUAGAGAUAAAGGUUAGACGGACACGAUAGCUACGCAAUGAUAAUGACGAU